UUGAUUGAAGAGUUGACUCUACCUGAAAAUCCAACAAACGUUACACAAGACGAAUUUGAAAAGGCACGAUCCGACUCUAUUCCAGAGCUUAAUGAUGGGUUUUUGAUAAAUAUUAGUGAACACACGAAAUUGAUCCUACAAAAUUUGGAUGGUAAUAGAAGUGUAACUCGCACCAACAAAGAUAACAUCAAAAAAUCUCUUGACGAAAUUAAACGAAGUACGCAACAAUUGUACGACCAAGUAAAAACGAUAUUACGUCAUUCAAUCUCAUCAGCCGAAAAUAAAACAGUUUCAUUAAUCAGGAAUACUAUUAGGGAAGAGUUCUCUAAGUUAGCGGUACUACCACAAAAAAUUACCACUCAGCCACUGCAAGAUCUGGUCAAACCUUCUAUCAUUCCAUCAUCACUACCAUCCUACGCCAAAGUUGUUAAAUCGACAAAAUCUGCUGAGAAACAACCUAUACCGGUUACCAAGCCGGCCAUAAUAGUUAGCUCUAAACAGCAAGUCUCUUCCUCUAAAGAAACCGUAAACGCGUGGCGUAAUAGCAUUCAUUUCAAAAAAUACACCUUCAACCCCUCUGAAGUAAAGCUGGUGUCCAACCACAAAAUUAGGGUUGAGUUUGAUAAUCAAGAACAGCGUGACGAAAUCCUUAACGCCAUAAACCAUCCUGACAGCCUUGUUAACGCUGACAUAGCCAAGAAGCUCAAGCCUUUGGUAAUUCUAAAAGGCAUCUACAGGGACACACCUGUGAGUGAGCUUAAAGAAAUAAUUGUAAACCAAAAUCCAAAUAUAAAAAGCCUCAUUAAAUCACCCGACGGCAUAACCUACCGAUUUACGCGAAAAAACAAAAACGAAAAUUUAUAUAACGCUGUGUUUAUGGUUACUCCCACAAUCUGGAGAUCAAUUGUGGAACUUCAAAGAAUAAACGUCGAUCACCAACGUGUACAUACUGAAGACUACCCAGCUUACCUCCAGUGCUAUAAGUGUAUGCAGUUUGGUCACACAAAGAAACACUGCACCGAAAAUACAACAAUUUGUUCCCAUUGCUCAUCAUCAGAACACUCGUAUAAAGACUGCCCGGUUAAAAAAGAUUCAACUAAAGUUGACUGCUAUAACUGUUCUUCGCAUUGUAACGUUCCUACAUAUGAAACGGUUACACAUAAAACCCAUCGCGAAUCUAUAAUUGACCUCACAAUGACAUCUGAUUCUCUAUCGAACAAAAUUUCCAACUGGAAAGUUGUACUAGACGCCGUCCCAUCAUCCAAUCAUAAUGCUAUCACUUUUGAUUUGUCUUUAAGUAACAACUUGUUAAGCAAACCUAAAAAACUUUCAACAUUUAAAUACAAUACUCAGAAUAUAAAAUGGGAUGAAAUUACAGAACAGUUUAAAUGCGAGUUAGCCAAAUAUUUAGACCUCAAUAUUAAUGUAGAUAAUUUAAGCACCUCCCAGUUAGAUAAAUACAUUACAAAAUUAGUCACAGCAGUACAAAAGGUUAGCGACAAAAUCUUUCCGAGAAAAUCGUCUAAAGUAACAAAUCGAGCACCUUGGUGGAACGAUAAAUUAGAAAAUCUCAAGCAAAAAGUUAUAAAAAAUCACCACAAAAUUCAACAAAUGAAACGCAGUAAAAAACCGUUAACCGAAUUGUUGCUAGAAAAAGAAAACUUAAGAAAUGAAUAUGCUCAAGCAAUUAGAAUUGCUUCAACUGAGCAUUUGAGGGAGUUUUGCAAUAAGCAGGGAAAGGAGGAUGUAUGGAGUAUAACCAAUCGGUUACUUAAGACCACACCUUUGAAGCAGCCUCCCUCAACUCUUAAAACAAGAGCGGGUAAAUACACAAAAACAACAUACGAAACUGCUGAAACGUUUUUAAAUGAAUAUUUUCCUGAUGAUGGACCCGAUACAUGCUUAAGGCACAUGCAGCUCCGUAAUUCUUCUAACGAAACACCCGACACGCCAGCAGAUGCUCCAUUUACUGUAGUAGAAACGUUGAGGUUAAAGCGAGUCAGUGAACACGAGGCGUCCGGCGACGGUGCAGACUUCAGUGGAGCCUUCGAAGACGGACCGAGGAAUCCCUUAAGCAUACAAUCGCCGCAGCUGGAGACACUUUCAACGGCCAUCAGUCCGAUACCAACCCGGACAAUAACACCUCAAGCAUACUCCAGGACUCACAGCAUACCAACCGGAGAUCCCACAACGGGCUCUUUCUUCGCGUCCAUCGUACUCUUCACUGCAAUUCAACCAUCGAAGAACACCAGCAGAAAUAAAGUAAUCAUGUCGGAUGUGGAGACUGCUUCUUCAAUCAAGUCCUCCCAAAACCUUUCUGUUGCUCCACCUAGACCUCCACGAUCGCUGCGGGAAAAAGUACUUACAAAAUCCAGUUUAUCAAAAGCAACACCUAGGGAGAAGUUGUCGCAGCCAUCAUCUCAUCCCGCAACAGGAAAACGUCCAGCGGACUCUGCUCCGACAGACGCAUCUACAACAAGAAAAAAUGCCUCUUCGCACACCCCCACUCUGGGAACUAAAAUGUCGCAAACUUCAGUUAAAAGCGACAGCUCGAUCCGAUCCUCCGUUUGUAACCCGGUAGAUGCGGCUAUCGACAAAGUAGCUAACUGGAAGCAGGAAGAAAUUCCUCCACUUCCAGUUUUAUCCGACGAAGAACUUUCGAUCACAUCUGCGCCGGAAUCACCACUAUCGGAGGCACCGGAAAAAGGAAAACCCAGCCUGCUUUUUAACUCCAACAGGCGACUGGGGGUGGAAAUGGAUAUGGCAACAAAAGAAGCGAACGAAAUGCUUCUGAGAGGGAAAGAAGCGCUAGAAAUGGCAGGGAAUAUGAAGAGGGAGUGUAAGUUAACAGCUUUAGAGAGUCUGCAGUCCCUCUACGAGAUGGUCCUGGCGCUGUCAGAUUCCAGAUCUAGACAUAAGCAUAAUCUAGAAAGGGAACGCUCACGCAACGCUCAAGAACUAAUGCGAGUGGAGCGCGCCCAUAACAAGAUCAUCACCCAGCUUAUGAAGGAAAUGGCUUCCGAACUAGGCCAUGCCAGGACAGAUAUAAAAAAUACCCUCCAGGAAUCCAAGGCGAUACGGGGUUGGUUGAACUUCGAAACCCAAGAGCCCUUCCGCAAAACGAGUGACCUACUCAAAGCUGUGACGGACUUAGACAAGCGCAUAGGUGUGAUCCAGUCGAACUUGAGUCAGCAGAAGCAAGAAGGUGCAGACAACAUUUUAUCUCACCUAAGAGUGGACCUUACUGGAGUAAAAUCUAGUGUGGAAACACUCAAACUUCAAUUGGACGAAAUGCGCAGAGUCAUCGAAAAGUCCGAAAACAACACCAAGAAGGUUCUGGAGACCGGCCAAAAAACGCCUGCUACGCCUGGAGUCACCACCAUCCCACCCCUCAGAGGAAAUAAGUAA